UAUCGAUACUGUAAUGUUCAAUUCGCUAUAUUUUUAUUUUUACUGACUACUUUAUAAAUAUGCUUACUCUUGUUUGCUUGUUUUUAUAAACCCUAAAAUGUUGAAAACACUAUUUUUGAGUGUUUUGUUGUAUGUGUCCACUGACGCGUGGCCUUUAACUGUGGGGGAAGCGAUAAAUUCUCUAUUUGAUCAACUCCUCUAUCAGAGCGUCUUGGAUCCAGAAUUAUGUAAGAAACAAAUAAGAUACAUGGCUUUAAAUAAUACUCGCCUUUUAGCUGAAUUUUUGGACGCCGGGGUCAGAAUACCUAGAGGAUUAUUCGAUGACAAUUCAGUUGACUUUGGAAAUUAUCAUCAAUGUUUGGGAAUCGAUUCGCCAUUCGAACAAUCGAGAAUUUCGGGAAAGUACUGCGUUAUACAGAUUCCUUUACUACAGAACUUUACUAUGCCUGGCUUCUCUGGAGAUAACUCGACACUCGAAAAUGAUUUGAUCAAACUUGGUCCUAGUGGAGAAAUGCUAUUAGAUAAAUAUUAUUCGAUAGUCAACAUGUACCGACUGAUAUUUGGUACAAACAUUUAUAACAGAACUAGUCCAAUUUGUGGCGCAGUGUUACAAAUGGCGGCGUGUGUUCCACGGACGUGCACCACAGAUGACGCGAUAUCAGCCUUACUAUUUAACACGAGUGCAUAUGGAUUCGAUUACGCAGAGGAAUAUUGUCGUCUACCAAAUGACAAACCUUGGGUUACAGUGGAUUCUGUUGCUCUGGUAAUUUUCUGCAGCAUUGGUGUUCUAACAGCACUGAGUACAUUAUACGAAAUGAUAUGCAUUUUUUUGUUAAAACGAUCAUCUAAUACUUGCUUUCGAAUGUUCUCCGUAUAUUCAAACACGAAAAGCUUACUCCGCGGUAAUCUAACUGAAGGCAAUAUAAAAUGCCUUGAAGGUAUAAAAACUGUUGCAAUGAUUUGGACUGUCAUUGGUCACUCUAUAAAUUCGGUAUCCUAUCUUCAGAACCCGACAUAUUAUUUUGGUUGGACUUUGUCGGCGGAUUCAGCGCUGUUGUCAUCGGUGCCCAUAAAUGCAGAUACGUUCUUUAUGAUGGGAGGUCUGUUAUUGGUGUACAAUUGCGCCAAAAAAAUGGAUGGAACUAUGCUUAUAAAGAAUUUGCAUCUAUUCUACUUGACUAGACAUCUGCGGAUGUUGCCCUUGCUCGCUAUCUCGAUACUACUCGAUGCGUCGGUGUUUCAUAAACUGGCAGAUAGUCCAUUGUACAUAUCUUCGGCGACUGCCGUCAAUGCAAUAAGAUGCAGGGCCUAUUGGUGGUCGACACUAAUCAAUCUGCAAAACUACGUUAAUCCGAAAGAAAUGUGUGUCCCACACUCCUGGUAUGUCGCAGUGGACAUUCAGUUGCACAUCCUAUCCCCUGUUGUUUUAUACUGGGUGCUCAGUGGUAACCGACAGACCGCCUGGUCAGCUUUGAUGAUCGCCUUCGCUGUUGGGCUGGCAAUCUCUGCCAUCUAUAACUUCAUUAUGCUGUUGCCUGCUCACACAAUUAUACCUGCACGCAACAGUGAACUGUUGGACUAUUUCGAGCUGUACUAUUUUCACAUAAUAUCAAGAAUCACUUCGUUCCUUGUUGGCAUGGUGUUCGGCUAUAUCUUGCAUAUUUGGCGUGGUAAAAAAGUCGUAAUAUAUAAAAGGACAGUACUAACUUUAUGGGCGACAAGUUUCGGCAUAAUGCUGGGAACGGUGUACAUACUGUACCGGGUGAAGCAACAGACUUGGAACCACGUAUACGUGGACGCGACGAUAAACACGCUCAUGAGGCCUCUUUGGUCUGCCGCUGUUGGAUGGCUCGUCCUUGCCUGUGCUCAUGGAUACGGUGGUCCGAUUGACUGGUUCUUGUCUCUACCAAUGUGGCAACUGCCAGGUCGUAUGUGCUAUGGCCUUUACUUAUUCCACUACCCCAUAAUAUUUGUUGUCAAUGACGUCUCCGUGUCACCGCAGUACUUCACAUUUGGGAGAAUUUUGUUUCAGUCCAUUGCGUCUAUGGUAUUGACUUUUACAUCGUCUUUUAUCUUUACUGUACUCAUAGAUGAACCAUUUAGGACUCUGUUCAAGAUAAUUUUAGACAAAGGUGAGAUAAAAUGCUGCUGUCAAUUGUUUUUAAGAGGUCAGAGAAAACGAAGAAAAAAACACAUAGAAGAGUUAGAACUUUUGAAGCAUACAGAGUAA